AGGCGCACUGCUUCGACCACGUUCGCAUCAUGAAAGUCAACGGCCUGAAAGUAGCGUUUUUGUUUAUUCUUUCUCUCGAUGGACUGUGUGCACACUUCACGUAUUUGACGCAACAUCAAGUGAGUUAUACCAAGACGCUGCUGUCACGCUUAAUGAUGAACACGGUGGACACAAAAAACGGGGAAACAUUCCAUCCGAUUAUCGCAGGCUCUGUGCGACUUGGUUUCCACGAUUGUGUGGGUGGGUGUGACGGUUGUAUUAAUCUGAACAACCCAGAUAACGCUGGUUUGGAUACUACUUUCAAUGCACUGAAUGAUUUAUAUGCCAGAGAGCGAAUUGAUCAGAUAAUGUCUAGAGCCGAUUUUUUCGCCCUGGCGGGAAUAGUUGGAGCAGAAGUUGGUUCAAAGAUGAAAUACGGGAUGGGUCCAAUGCAGUCCAGAAGAAUGCCUUAUUUUGCGUUCAACCGUAGCCCCUAUUUUGGUUUCCGUGGACUUUUUUAUGGUUUCCCACAUCAUUACCGCUACAAGAGACACUUUUAUGGAUUUUGGCGUCCGCGAUUUUCUACCAGAUGUUUUACGUCUCCGUGCAUACCGUUUCGCUGGGGAAGAAGAGACUGCCCAACAUCACCAAUAACUACAGAAAUGCGAGUUUUCCCGAACGCUUUAGGAAACCUUACGGAAACUGUCGAUUACUUCCGAAGGGUCUUUGAUCUCACCCCCGAACAGUUAGCAGCCGUUUUAGGUGCUCACACUUUGGGAGAUGCAGGGAAAGAUGCAUCUGGGUUUGACGGCGAGUGGGUUACAGAAAGAGACGUCUUCGACAACGAGUUUUACCGCGUUUUAUCAGAUCAAACUCAACUUUGGAUGCAGGAAAAUGAAAACCCUGAUGAUCCAAACAAACCUAGAUGGCAGUGGAACGCAAAGAAAGGCAAGGAAGGUGAGAAGGGGUUGAUGAUGCUCAAUACGGAUAUGGAAUUGUUCAAAAACACGGCACCUAAUAGCGAAGGAAGGGUUACGUCUUGUCCUGCUGAUGUCUCGACAUGUCCGUCGUCACGUUUAGCUGAUAGAGUGAAAUUAUACGCAAGCAACAACGCCAAGUUUUUGGAUGACUUUUCUGUCGCAUACGGGAAAAUGCUGACCACUGGCUAUAAAUCGUGGGAGCUGCGAUACCCUUCCCUAUACUAAAGUGUAACGUUUAUGCAAAACAUUUCAAUGAAAAAAUGUCAAUAAGUUUAGUUUAGUAGAAAAACAUUAUCUUCCCACACCACAAGGACACGUUGUGUAUUUUUUUUUUUUUUUUUUUUUUUUUUGUAUAAUCUUUCCUAUGCACUGCAUUUUAAUGCUCUCAAAAUACCGAAAAACAAAAAAGGAAAACGAAAACUUUGAUAGAAAAAAUUGCUGGGGCGGUGGCGCAAGGAAAGCGAAAUAUUUAUGUAGAAUAAAAGACAAUUAGAAUUUUAUUAUAACAUAUAGGAUUCAAGUAGCAUUGAUUGUUUGCUUUGUUAGGGGAGAAACGGCAUAAUCUGUACCUUCAAAGCUUGGGCACGUGCCUGCUGUGCCCCCUUGGAAACAGAUAAUUUGUUUUUAAAUGCGAGUCUCGUUUUAAAUAAUCAUUUCUAUAGUCAUGGUGAAAGGUGCUCGUGAAUAAAAUGGAAUAUGGAAAAAUAAAUAAAAUAAUGUAUACGCUUUAAUAAAGAACACACACAUACAAAUAUAGAUCUUUCUUGUCCUAUUGAUGCUUGGUCAUGCCCAUGGUCACGUAAACCUGGUGUGA